AAAAAAAAAGGAAACGUGAUAAGGCGGGCAAUUGCGAUGGGAAUCGUGCCGGUUAAAAAUUGUUCGUCCAAAAGCAAAUAGCAUCCAUUCGGCAAUCCAUUUUAAGUUGCACCAGCAGGCGGCACACCGCAGGACAAUCGCUAGAAGCUACAAAAUGCGUCGCUUCCGUACCAGCUUUCCCGCGGUACCGCGCGAUCUUCUCAACUGGUUCCCGGGCCAUAUGGGCAAGGGCAUGAAGCAGAUGCAGCAGAAGCUGAAGCAGAUCGACUGUGUGAUUGAGGUGCACGAUGCACGUAUUCCGCUAACCGGCCGCAACAAGGACUUCCGCACGACGAUCAGUGGUAUCAAACCGCACAUCCUGGUGCUCAACAAGCAUGAUCUGAUCGAACGGCGGACGGCGGAUUCGGUACUGCAACGGUUGAGGCAGCAGGACGGCGAAACGGAGAAUAUCAUUUUCACCAACUGCAAGAACCAGCACUGCAACGGAGUGCGGAAGGUGGUGCCGCUCGCUCAGGAGCUCAUCUGUAGCUCGGACCGGUACAAUCGCACUUCGGAGAAGGAUUUCUGCAUCAUGAUCAUCGGCGUACCGAACGUGGGCAAAUCGUCUUUGAUCAAUGCCUUACGCAACCGGCACCUGCACCGAAAGGGUGCGAGCCAGGUCGGUGCGUUGGCCGGCGUCACGCGGAGCGUGCUGAACCGUAUCCGGAUCAGCCACGACCCGUCUGUCUAUCUGCUCGACACACCCGGCAUUCUGGAGCCGAACAUCGGCGACACGGAGACGGGCCUCCGGCUGGCACUGGUAUCAUGCCUGCAGGAUCAUCUCGUUGGCGAGGAGCUGAUCGCGGACUAUCUGCUCUAUCUGCUGAACAAGCAGCAGAACUUCCGAUACGUCGAGCUACUCGGCCUAGCGGAACCGACCGAUUCCAUCGCGGAGGCCCUGGUCGGUGGCGCUGUGCACCAUGGCAAAACGAUCCGCAUGAAGCAGCUGGACGGCACGGUGGCCAUCCGGCCCGAUGUUGUCGCAGCGGCCAAGCUGAUGCUCAAGGCCUUUCGCACCGGUGCCCUCGGCAGGAUAAUGCUGGAUGAAGAUAAAAUUAAGGCUUUGUAGCGAUGGGGUGCAAGCGCCGUGCGCGCUUGAUAAGCGUGACAGCAUGGAGGAAUGUAAAAAAAAACACCUGUAGUAGAAUUAAAGAACGUACAAAUAGUUAAA